ACUAAUCUGAUUAUAAAACCUUGAAUGCCAACAAGUUCCCAGAACACACCAGCCCGUUAGCGGUUCUCAAAACUGAACUCAAGACACUGGGGAAGUCAAGACACUGGGGAUAUUCAUUGCUGUUGGUGAGAAGAGGGGAACGGGGCAGUUCCUCCGGUCGGACGGUAUGAGUCUUUCUGUGCCAGCCCGGGAAGUAUGGAAAGAGCUGAAAACAAACCCGAUUGCAAAGUAUGGUGUGGCUACUGCUGUGACAGCCAUCAGUCUAGUUCUUCUGAGGAAAUGGAUUGCAGGUGGAGUUUGCCGAAAUCGAAUACGCCUUGAUGGGAAAACAGUGGUGAUUACUGGAGCCAAUACUGGAAUUGGAAAAGAAACCGCCCGAGAUUUAGCUCUAAGAGGAGCACGUGUGGUGAUGGCUUGUCGAGACAUGAGGCGAGGUGAGAAGGCUGCAUCAGAGAUCCGACGGUCAACAGGAAAUGGGAAUGUGGUGGUUCGACAGCUGGACCUUUCAUCGCUCAGAUCUGUGAGGGAGUUUGCAAGCAAACUCAGUGCCACUGAGGAUCAGCUCGACAUCCUCAUCAACAACGCUGGUGUAAUGCUGUGUCCCAAGAUCCUGACAGAGGACGGAUUUGAGACUCAGCUGGGUGUCAACCAUUUAGGACACUUCCUCCUUACAGUGCUACUCCUGGACAUGCUGAAGAGAUCUGCACCCAGUCGAGUUGUCAAUGUAUCCAGCAUCGCUCAUGUUGGGGGGAAGAUCAACUUUGAGGACCUCUUCUACAAUAAGACCCCAUACGACUCACUAGUGAGCUACAGACAGAGCAAGCUAGCCAACCUUUUAUUCUCAAGAGAACUCUCACGCCGAACUCGAGUCUUUGGGGUGUCUUCGUUUGCUCUGCACCCUGGGGUGAUCAGGACAGAGCUGGGGCGCUAUGUGGAGACACGGUACCCUCUUCUGAGUGCAAUUCUCCAGGUGCCUGCCUGGCUGCUGAUGAAGACGCCCAAACAAGGCGCACAGACCUCCAUCUACUGUGCUGUCACCGAGGGGUUGGAGGUACACACCGGCUGCUACUUCAGCGACUGUAAACUGAAGGAACCUGCUCCAGAGGGAAAAGAUGACCUAGCUGCCAUGAGGCUUUGGGACAUCAGUGCCAAGUUGGUGGGCUACAAUGAAGAGGACUGAGACCAUUGACACCACAGAGCUGUGCUCGUAAUAACAACAACAGAGAACCAUGCCAAACUGUAAUGGAUCUAAAUGACUGCUGUUCCUGUCAAACUCAACUCGUGCUCAGCUCACCAAUUGUGCUGGUUCCUAUCACCUGAGUUAGCAGUGACUGGCAUGUCUGCUUGGAAAUGGUGUUAUGAAUGGAUAUGUCAGGAGUUAGACUGCAGAGUACAUUUGUACUCUUGUUGUUAAAAUAAACAUCCAGGCAUCAAAAAGAAAAUGUUGUGCAUACUUAGGAUUUUAGAUGUGUUGUAAUACCUUAAAUUUCCUUGCCUGUGUCGAGAGCCCAAUAGGCCCACCCCAUGUUCAGAGUGCAAAUCACUAAGUGUUAAUCCUUUACUCUGGAUCCCAGCCUUACUUGUUUAACCUCUUCAAGUACCGUGUUAGAGAGAACAAAAAGUAUGGUCACAGAAAACCAAUAGAAAAUUAUUAAUCAUAUUAAGAUUAACUUUAUGAUUUCAAAUAUACAUCUUGUCUUUAAUAGAUUCAUAUAAAUUAUUUAUGCAAAGUAUUUUUAGGAAGAAUUAUAUUCUACAUCAAUUGAUGUUGUGUAAUAAAAUAAAUGAUUUAUGACACA